GUACGCCACACUCCAUCGUCCUCCCUGCCCAAACCCCGUGCCACUUUCCCCAUCCGCACCGCCACCGCCAGCCCAGGCGCGAUGCUGCCCUACUCCGGCGACCACCGGCGCUCCCCGCCGCCUCCGCCUCAGCGCACGGCCUUCUCCUCCUCCCUCUCCCCCUCCGCCGCGCCCUUCCCGCCCGCCCAUCCGGUGGGCCCCGGCCGCGAUCUGCCCACCGCACCGUCCGUCUACGCCGCGGGCGGGGACUGGGCGGGCACGUCGUGGAUGGAGCCUCCCGCGAGCUACAUGGCUCCCGCCGCCACGCCGCCGGGCUAUCAAGGUGAGGCUUCGCAUAGCAGUCCCUAUGGCAUAUACUCAAGGAACCACUUCAGCAACUUUGUGGGUGCACGUUCCCUGAGAUCAGAGACCUCAAACUCGAUAAGUGAGAAGCAGCCAGGAACCUGCCCAGAAAGUUCAGAGGCCCUCAGUAAUGAUUUUGGAUCAUCAGUGUUUCAUCAGCAACAGAAUGCCUUUGUGAGUAAAUUGCUUGAUCGUUCAGGUGCCGAGGACACAGGUUAUCCCCCACGUCAGGAUUUAAUGCAAUAUCGUUUUGGUUCUACGUAUGACAAAUACAUGACACAGCUUUCGUCAUGUUCAGCAGAAGCACAACCUCACAUCUUUUCUACACGAUAUGUUGAUUCAUCUGAAAUGGCCAAAGCAGCAGUUCCAUUGAUGAAUGACACUAUUGGGGGGAAUUCCUUCUCCUUUUCUUCAUAUAUGAAUCCUUGUAGAAUCAAUCUUGAUUAUUUUGAUUGCGUGUGGAAUGAGCAAAAGGAUCUUGGAUAUCAAACUGCUGAUAAACAGCAUGGAAAAUGGAGCAACUCUGACGAUGUGGCAACUGUGGGUAACUAUCCCCUCAGUUCUCUUGGAGAGAACCAUGCUGGUUCUGAGCAUUUAGGGAAUGGGAGGCCUAUGCAAGAGUCUGCUGAAACGAAACAUGAUUUGGGAAGUUUCAAUUCCAAGCUUUCUUCAACUGAGGUUGGAUUUGUUCAGCCUCGUGACCUUUCAUCCGAGUUGCUUGAGGUUAAUAACACCAGUGUUGAUUCACCUUGUUGGAAGGGCACACCAGGUUCAUACCAGCCUUCAUUUGGUAUCAUGGAAAAGAAUGAUGCUCCUCAUACUGUGAUAGGAACAGUAGGCUACAUCAGUUCACAUCAAAGCCAGAAGGUUCCUGAGUUGAGUUCUGAGUAUCCAGGGCGAUUCCUCGAACGCCAGGAAGCAUCAGGUUCUGAGAAUGACCCUUUUAAGGCGUUCAAGUCGCUUGCAAGAUGUAAAAACUCUGAAGAUCAUAAAGAAGUACCACCAGUCGAUGCCAAGGUUCAUAGUGACAUGGCUACUCAUGCUAGCUAUCUGCCUUACAAAGAACAUGGCAGAACACAGAGAUUCUAUGAUUCUAGAGAAGAUUCUAAGAAUGUGAUAUCUUUGAGUCAACUGGAAAGUGCUUGUCCUGCUAGCAAACCCAAACUUUUGGGUGAACACGAUGGCAGCCUUCCAGCAAGCAUUAAUGAAGUUAUGAGUAAAAGUGUGUUAAAUCCUAUUGCUACUAAUCCUAGAGUUGAUGCUGAUCGUUUGACAACUGGAAGUCCACAUGGACAUGGUUCUUCUGUAGUAGUGGAGAGAGAAGAAAGCACACAGAAAAGAGGUGAAGGUCCUUCUCAAUGUUUUCCAGUUGUUGAGGGGAAUAUGCUGAAUAUGUCUUGCGACUCAAGCUCUAGCACUCGGGCAAUAUUUCUGAAACUAAUGCACAAUUUGUCGGUGGUGCUUCUAUCGACCUGCAAGGGUGGUUCUUCGUUGCUGGAAGAUGAGGAGGAGCUUCUGCAGUCAGUUAUUCAAAAUCUUGCAGCUGCCAGUUUGAAAAGAAGCAAGGUUGAACAAAAAAAUGAUGAUGGCUUGUGCAACUCGAGUCAAAUGAAAUUCAAAAAUAUUAAUUGUGCAAGGAACAACUUAUCGAUGGAAAUGCAUGCAUGCUCGGCACAGGAGAAUUCUGAUUCAGAAUUUAAGACCACUGUUUCACAGGUUCUUACUAGUCACCUGGACAAUAAGUUGCCUGACGACACUGAGGUUUCUCAGGCUUCAAUCUACAGAAACUUGUGGAUUGAAGCAGAAGCUUCAGCGUGUAAACUCAAAUAUGACCUUCAACAUGCUCGUAUGAAGCUCGCGACAGAGAAAGGUCACAACAGCACACUAAAAGUUCCUGACUCAUUGGGAGGCAGUAAAGACUCCAACUCAUCCAUAUCCAGUGGUAAACCACAAAACCGUGGGAAAGAAAGCUUUACAUGCACUGUGGCCUUGCAGGGCCAGGGAGGAGAUUCUGGUGACAGGCAAUCUCCUGUUGUAAAUAGGAGCGUUUUCAAUGGUGGUGAUGCUGAUGUGUUUGCCCGGUUUAAAGUUUUGCAGUCUCGUUUAGAUAAUGUUAACUCCUUUGGUGAGAUUGACUGUGAGGAGCAGCAAGAAGCGAGCAAGAAAUCAAAUGCAGUUGAAGAUGCUGUUUUGGCUAGGCUGAAAGUUUUGAAGUCCCGUCCCGACAGUAUAACCUUGUCGAGUCAGGAAAGCAUCAAGCACCAGCUAGAUGCAAGUACAAACAAAGAAGAUAAUGUUGAUGAUGCUGUUAUGGCUAGGCUGAGAAUUUUGGAGUCCCGUCCUAAUAAUGUAACCUUUUUGGAUCAGGAGAGCAGUAAGCAACCACUCGAUGAAAUCAAAACUGUAGAAGGUGGGGUUGAUGAUGCUGUUAUGGCUAGGCUGAGAAUUUUGAAGUCCCGACCUGAUAAUAUAAUCUCAAUGGGUGAUAACAGCAAGGAGCAGGAAGAAGUAUGUAUUGGUCCAUUGAAUGAGGUUGACCUUAGUGUCAUGGCCAAUGGAGGCAUUACCAACACUAAAGUACCCGCGGAGCAGUGCUGGAAGCUUAUUCUGUCUGACGAUGUGGCACAUUGCUUGGGAGGAAAAGAUUCAAUUGGUGGCAUAGACACAUCUGGUGAUGGAACCUGUGCUGGGGAGAACAACGAGAUAGGUGGUUCCGCAGAUGCAUCUACCCCCAAGAGGUGCAAAGCUACAUCUGAUGAAGGGAACAUUGAAGGCGCAGUACAUGUUGAAAACCAUGUGUUGCUUGAAACCGCUGGCAACUCUCAUGUUUGCACAGAAGGGUCUCAUGAGACGCACCUAAUCUCCUCUCCAGGUCACCAGUAUGGCAGUACACCCUCAGAAUGGGAGCAUGUGCUGAAGGAGAACUUCUUCCAUCCAGGCAAAUAGGCAGCAGAAACAAGCCAUAAACUGAAACGCUAUUGUUUGAGCUCAUGCUGCCUUGAAGUGCUGAUGCUGCUUGUAAAUAUGCUAUUACAUAUCCUCCCUUUUCCCACCUUUUCUGUUUGUCCAAUAAUCUGCAUAACUGGUGAUCAUGUAGAACAACCAUCUGCUCUAUCUGUGUGGAUGUAUCCAGAAGUUAACUAAAAGUGAUACUUGUAUGUACUGGAGUUGACAUGAACUAUUGUAUAUAUUUACUUCCGGCAAAAUGUGGAUGUUGCGAUUGGUUUCUUGUAUUAA